AUGGACCUCAGCCAGUUUCAGUCAAAUUCAGAAGGAAAACAAACGCCAGAUUCGUAUUACAAUGAUCUUAUUUCGCGAAAAGAAAACAUAAUGAGACAACUACCUGUCAUCGUCACAUCGCAUUCAUAUUCAAGGGGACAAACCCAAGAAUAUACUGAGGUCGACUUACUAUCCGAGUGUUCUACCCCUGUUAGUUAUGUACCUGGGAGGUUUUUGCAGUUAUGUGAUAUCGACGCAGAGAUAGAAGAAGAUGCUAAAAUAUGGCCUGUUUCCAAACGACCCGCUCUGUCAGAUUUAGAUGUGAACCUACAACUGUCUAGGACUAACGAUGGAUACUCACAAAACCAGUCAAUCUGGAAGUCCUCCCGACAAAACCUGGCUAGUUCAAAACUUGUCACCAUUGCUGUGUGUUUCAUCGUUGCCCUGACCGCACUUGGAGGAUUGGUGGCUUUUGUUUAA